AUGAAUCUGCGGGCCGUGCCGCUAUCUACCGUUCCUACACUCAAGCGCCUUAGUUGUAUUUUCAUUGAAUUUGAAGAGGAGGAAUCUAUUGCUAAUUUAUCUAAAAAGGCUCCUAAGAAGGCUACCCCUAAGAAAGCUCCUAAAAAGGCUACCCCUAAGAAGAAGGUUGCUCCUAAGAAGGCCGCCCCUAAGAAGGUUGCUCCUAAGAAUAAGAGGAAAGGAAAGGCGCCCGCGCUAGAGCCCUCUCUAGAAUUAAUGCCCUCUCUAAAACCUGAGACCGAAGCCGAAGUUACCUCCGUACCCUCUUUCCCGCUUAUACGGCUAGCCCCUAUCGAAUUUUCUAGUAACUCCGAUAGCGAAUUCGAUAACGACGAGGAAAAGGAAAAGGAGGAGGAGGAGGAGGAGGAGGAGGAGGAAUAA